CAGCGAGGCACCACCGCGCCACGUUUUCUACUCUCCCCUCCCCUCAAACCCUGCCACGUGUCCCUUCUCCGCUCCCCCUCAUCACACGCCACGUGGCCCCCUCUGAACCUUCGAUCAAACAGAUUCUCCAUUCUCGAUGAUAAGAAAGGAUUUAGCGGUGCAACCUUGGUUAACGCUGCCCUUUUACGUGUCGCUAACCGCCAUCCCCGCCUUCUCGGGUCGCGCCACGUGUCCCUCUGUGCGUUUUUUAUUGAAGAUAAAAAAACAAAUAAAUCACGUUCCACUGUGCUACGAAGCUACCUACGUUAACGUUAACAUAAACAUUAACAACAGCAAUGGUUGAAGUCGAAGAGAUAGAGCUGGAUUUGGCGUUGUCCAUAGGGGGUAGUUUCGGGAAACACACGGUGGAGAAGCCCGCACCGGAUUCCGAAGCGCGUGUUUCAAAUUCGGAUAGUCGCGAUGGAAUGCGCGUGGUGGUGGAGCCGAGCGACAAGCACGACAUUCAGGCGUUAAGGAGAAUGGAGGCGAAAAAGAAGACAGAGCAGAAGAGGGAGCGCGUGAGGGAACCGUCCGAGCCCGAAUUGAAACGGGAUUUCAAGAGGGAGAAAACAGAAUACGGGAACGGCGUUAGUGGCGCGUGGAAUGCGACGACGACGCCGUUUGACCUGCACCAAUUCCCGACGGUGCAGUACUUGCCGUUGAAUAACGGGUCUCCGUUACCGUGCUGGGUCGGAGGGGAAAAGAUUGUGGGUGCUGGAGUUGACGGCGUUAACGGCGGAAGAGGAGGAAAUAUCAAAGCCCAGUCGAAUGGGUCUUCCAGGUGCAGUUCUUCUGUGGUUUCGGAUUACCAAAGCUCUUCUGGUGAAGAUGGAGGCAGCACAGACAGCCACAGCCAUUCAGUUCAUUCCUUGGCAGAACCAACCCAAUUAAACACUUCCAAGGAAACAAUAAGCAUAGGAACCCAACCUGAAGAAAGUGUUGUUUCUGCUUCAUCUCACCCCAUCAUGAGACCCAAACAAGGAAACAACACCAUCACCACCAUCCAAGAGAUGAAGCACAUUGCAAAGGAAAAAACUCAAGAACCAAUAAUAUUGCCAAUUAUUGAUCUCAAACCUUUGUCCAACGAAAACAUAACCAAAGUUGAAAUAAUGGGAAAGACUCCAAAGCCUCUCUCUCAAACCUCUUCUUCACUCCCUCAAAUGCCCUAUGUGUUCACAAAAGGGGACAAUGGGAGAACGGUUAAUGGGUUUCUCUACAGAUACACAAAAUCUGAGGUCAGCAUUGUUUGUGUCUGCCAUGGAAGCACAUUUUCACCUGCGGAGUUUGUGCAGCAUGCAGGGGGCACUGACACCACGCACCCUCUAAGGCACAUCACUGUUAUUCCUUCUGCAUUUGGGUGAUCUUAAUUCCCUUUUUUUGUGUGUAAUUAGGCCUAUUCUCGGUUCUGCGUCGUAUAGCGUGUUUGGAAAUACGUUGAGAUGUAAGAAAUCACGUUGAGACGUAAAAAAUCAUCAAUUCUGGGAUGUGGAAGUUAUAACUAUUAGGUGAAACCUAGCACUCUAUAAGAUAGAGCAGCGGAAGAAUUUGAUUCAGGUGUCUACGUUAUGUGAUAUCUUUAAUUUAGGCAGGGUAUAUAGUUUACAGGAGUUUUUUGUUAACUACGCUAACUGCAUUAACAAACAAUCUCCAAUUGAGAUUGCUUUCUUAUGUUUUGGAGUACGGUUUGGCUUCUA